CAGCCGGACUUUGUUCCCGCAAAAACCACACACACGCACGACAUCCCUCCCACCACCCCCCCGCGCUGCAACGAGAGACACACUGACGACUUUGCUUCUCAUAUAUUCUUGUCUCCCAUCUUCUCACACGGGCGAGCAUUUCUCAUCUGCUUGUCUAUCAGACAUUGUCUACUCCAUCAAGAGAAUUGCGAGCCGCCGCCCCGGACAGACAACGUGCGAGAGAGGACGAGGACGGGAUACAAAGUCGCCACCCGCACACGCACACUCUCCCGCUCGCGGCCGCUGCUAGAAACCGCCAAACUAAAGAGCCGCGUCCCUGGUUACGAGCGAGAGCCAUUCACGACCGUCAGGACAUAAGAGAGCAUCGUCCACAACAAGACCGGUGACGCUCCUCGUCGCCCGCCCGCGCGCGGCCGCACGCACGCACCCUCAGGCACCAUGAGCGCCAUCCUCUCCGCCGACGACCUCAACGACUUCAUCUCCCCCGGCGUGGCCUGCAUCAAGCCCAUCGAGACCCUGCCCCCCGCCUCCGACGAUGCCGCCGCCACGACCUCCAACGAAACCGAAGUGAUCCUCGACGGCCAAGGCGCGCCCGCCUCUUCCUCCAACGGCGCCGCGCCGGCGCAAAUCUCCCUCACAGACUGUCUCGCCUGCUCCGGCUGCGUCACCUCGGCCGAGGCCGUCCUCGUCAGCCUGCAGAGCCACGCGGAGGUGCUGUCGACGCUCGACGCCGCCCCCGCGCUGCGCGUCGUCCGCGGCAGCAGCGCCGGCGGCGGCGGCUUCGCGGUCGACGGGCUCGACAACGAUGACGCCAAGCUCUUCGUCGCGAGCGUGAGCCCCCAGACAAGGGCCAACCUUGCGGCGGCGUGCGGCGGCGGCGUCUCCGCGGCCCAGGCCGGCCGCAUGGUCGAGGCCUUGCUCAGGGGCGAGUCCGGGCUUGCCAGCGGUGGGCGCUGGAACAACCGCUUCGCGUGGGUGCUCGACACCAACGUCGCCCGCGAGGCGACCCUCGUUCUUGGCGCCGACGAAGUCCUCGGCUCGUCAUCCUUCUCCUCUUCAUCCUACCCACCAUCACUAUCAUCCUCCCGUGCUUCAACCCCUCCCUCCCUAUCCCCAAGAACACCCGCCCAGCCGAUCCUCGCGUCCUCGUGCCCCGGCUGGGUCUGCUAUGCCGAAAAGACGCAUCCGCACGUGCUGCCGCACCUCUCAAGGGUCAAGUCGCCCCAGGCCCUGACGGGAACCCUGGUCAAGACGGCCCUCAGCCGCGCUCUGGGCAUCCCGCCGAGCCGCAUAUGGCACCUUGCUGUCAUGCCGUGCUUCGACAAGAAGCUCGAGGCCAGCAGGGAGGAGCUCACCGACGAGGCUUGGGCAGCCGGCGGCGCCGGAGGAGGGCGUGGCGUCCGGGACGUUGACUGUGUCAUCACGAGCAAGGAGGUCCUCAUGCUGGCCGAGUCAAGAGGCAUGGAUUUCUUUUCGCCAUUGAAGGGGGGCGGUGCUUCGUCCCUGAGCGCACCCGACCCGUUCCCGGACGCUAUGCUACACGAAUUCCUGUUCCCCCGCGGCGGAUCCCGCACCCCUCCCCGCGCCGCGGGCACCUCGGGCGGUCUGCUGCACCACAUCCUGCAAAGCAGGGCGGCGCAGACGCCCGGCGCCGAGAUCCAGGUGAACCGUGGCCGCAACGCCGAUGUGGUCGAGUUCCUCGUCACCGUCGGCGGCGAACCCGUCUUCAAAGCCGCGCGCUACUACGGCUUCCGCAAUAUCCAAAACCUCGUCCGCAAGCUCAAGCCCGCGCGGCCCUCCCGCAUGCCCGGUGGGCGGCCCUUUGGCAGCGCUCGGAGGCCGACGGCCGCCAAGUCGGCGAGCGCGUCGCUCGAGUACAGCUAUGUCGAGGUCAUGGCCUGCCCCGGGGGCUGCACCAACGGCGGGGGCCAGAUAAAGGUCGACGACCCUGUCGUGCUCGAGCGCAGGAACCUCGCCGGCAAUCCCGGGCCGCAGGAGCAGAAGGAGUGGCUCGCAGAGGUCGACGAGGCGUACUUUUCUGCCGACGAGGCAGGGAGAUUCGAUGGUGGUGGUGGUGGUGGUGGUGGUGGCGGCGGUGAUGGCGCCGAGGGAGGGGGUGAUGUCGUCGGCGGCAUUUCCCGGUCGUACAUACAUGAUACCCUGGCAUAUUGGUCCCGCAUGACGGGCAUUGGUUUAGAUGGACUGGCGUACACGAGCUAUCGUGAGGUGAUUAGCGAUGUUGGAAAGGACAAGGCCGGAAGCGCCGAGACGGUCGUCCAGCUGGCCGGCAAAAUAGGGGGCGGAUGGUGAUAGAAAGAGCGUGGCGUGCCGGAGACGGCACCCAUCCGAAGACAAUGCAUCAGCUUCCUCCUCUGGUG